UUCUGAAUCUUGCACCAAUCGUUCUCUCUCUCUCUCUCUCUCUCUCUCUCUCUCUCUCUCUAGGCAUUAGAUACAAAAGCCGAUACUUCUCUGUGGAGUGGAGGAACCAAACGAGAUUUGGUGAAUAUUGCAUGGCAGUGAGCUUUCUGGGAGCGGAUGUGUCGGACCUGUGCCUUGGAAAGCCAGCGCUGAGGUCGAUUCCGGUCGCCGCCACCGUCGCCGACGCCAUCGCGGCGCUCCGGAGGUCCGGGGAGGCGUACGUCAGCGUGUGGAGCUGCGGUGAGCCGCAACAGCAUCUGCACUCGAACAGCGCCAUCGGAGGGUGCCAAUGCGUCGGCAAGGUCGGCAUGGUUGAUGUGAUCUGCUUCAUGUGCGGAGAAGAGAAGAAUCUGAACAGUCCGGCGUCGGCGCUUCGGACACCGGUAUCUGAUCUGCUGCACGGAGCCAAGGGCCUUGUAAGGCAUUUGGAACCCCAAUCUAGCUUACUAGAGGCAAUAGAUUGCAUCCUUGAAGGAGCCCAUAACUUGGUUGUGCCAAUUGAGAGCCAUAUACGCAUCACUCCAAGGAAGAAGCAACUCAACAAACCUUCCUCCUUCGGCUCCACCUUCCACAAUGGACGCGAGUUCUGCUGGCUUACUCAAGAAGACGUGGUCCGCUUCCUCCUCAACUCCAUCGGCGUCUUCUCCCCAAUCCCCGCAUUCACAAUCGAAGCACUCAACAUAAUCGACACCAAUGUUAUGACCAUCCAUUUCGACGAUCCUGCCUCCUCUGUGUUGGAUUCCAUUUCUCGCUCCCUCACCGAGCAGAAGUCCAUCGCAGUUGUUGACGAGUAUAAUAAAUUGCUUGGCGAAAUAUCGCCUUACACUCUUGCUUCCUGCGACGAGAGUGUUGCCGCAGCAAUUAUAACUCUGUCUGCCGGUGACCUAAUGGCUUAUAUUGACUAUGGUGGCCCUCCAGAGGACUUGGUUCAGUUGGUGAAGGCAAGGCUGGAAGAGAAGAAUUUAACAGCCAUGUUGGAAUUGAUGUUGGAAUCUUCUGUGUCUUCGUUAUCUUCCUACUCUAGUUGUUCUGAAGAAGAAGAAGAGUUGGGGUUGAGCAGGACCGGUAGCUCAUCAGGUCGGUACAGCCCCGCAAGGCGGUCUGAGGCAAUCGUGUGCCAUCCAUGGAGUUCUUUGGUGGCAGUGAUGGUCCAAGCACUCGCACAUCGUGUAAGUUAUGUUUGGGUUGUGGAAGAGGAUUACAGCAUCGUUGGUAUCGUGACGUUCGCUGGGAUCUUGAAAGUUUUCAGGAACAUUGCUGGCAUGCGAUAGAAACCAGAAACGGCGAAUCUUGCACUCAAGAAAUAACAAAAGACUAGAAAGAUUUCUGGCAAUGGCCAACUUGAGCUGAGAUGUACCAACGCAUUUAAAACAGUGUUUACUUAUCUUUGUUUCCAAUGAAUCUUACAACAUAUGCCAUGAUGAACAUUACAUAUUUAUCUCA